UAAAUGUAAUGAUUUUGCAUGAACAACUUACCAAAGUGUAAACAAUUUGACUACCCAGUACAGAUCUCCAUUAUCAUUAUAUAAACAUUAUACAAGGACAUUGUUCUUAUAGAAUUUCAAGAAUCCCUAGAGAAGCUAUUGUUUAAGAUGGGUAGAGCAAAACUGAAUAUGGAACUCAUAGAGAAGGCAAAAGUUCGAACUACUACUUUUCUUACAAGGAAGAAGAAUCUGACGAAGAAAGCUAAAGAGCUUGCAACGCUAUGUGGCAUCAAAACUGCGGUGAUUAUUAACCCUCCUAGACAAGUUACACCGCAGGGUCGUCCUCUUAAGCUCGAGACUUAUCCUGAAAAUGAUGAUGUGGUUCUCGAAUUGAUUGACAAAUACAAAGGCCAGUCAUCUGAGGAUCGCAAAAAGAGGACGUCUCUUCUUCCCUGCUUUUUUCAAGAAAGGAACAGGAAAGUACAGCGAGCCCUGGCUAAGCUGCGUAGCACUAAUGUCAGGUCCAAGUAUCCGACAUGGGAUUUGAGGUUUGAUAACUUCAUGGAAGAAGAUCUUAGAAAUGUGGCUGUAUUUCUGGAGAACAAGAUUGUAGAUGCCAAGGGAAAAUUGGGGCAAAUGAAAGCUAAUGUUAGUAAUAGUAAUAAUAUCUAUAAUGCCUAUUUGCUGCAGCAGCAGCAGAUGAUGCUGACAAGGGAAAGGAGCAUGGAAGUAGGAAAUCAAAAUGGUAUUAAUUAUUUAUUUACGAUCAAUCCGCCCCAGACAGGUUUUAUGCAGGUGCCAGUUCCAAUGCCAAUGCCAAUUCAGCAACAGAACUUCGCUUUUCUGGACCAUUACCAGGAUCAAAGGAUGGUCACGUUUGGUCAUGAUUAUAUUGGUGGCGCGCCAAACAUUGAGUAUAAUGCUAACUCAUCGACACCUCUUUAUAAUUAUCCGAUGAUGACAGGGGACAGUAUAACCUAUGCUAACAAUUCGUUGAGGGAUCCCCAAAAUUACUCUGACGAAGGCAGGCAGCCGUUUGCACACCACCAAAUGGAAAAUCAUCAUAUGAGACUAGGCUCUACCCCUCACCAAAUGGUUGCAACUUCUCACCAAGUUGACGCUCAUGCUCAAUUUGAUGAAAAUCACAUAGAGUAAAAGUAGAUAGUCUGGGUAAUUACUCUAACGGUUCUAGGGUUUGGGUUACUUAAACAAUUACUAAGGUGCCUUGGAUUUUAUUAUCUAGUAUUCAUAACUACUGCUAAUCUUAUGUUUGGCUUAUUGUCUA